AUGAUGCUUCCGCGAUUCAUUUACACCUUUGUCUUGGCGAUCACUCUCGUCCUCGUGGCUGCUUCAAGUCCGACACCAGUUGAUUUGGUAGUAAGGAGCAGCCCUGGCCGGUCACCUUCAGAUACGCUUCGUGCAAUCCGCCGAUACCUUUUCAACGCGAGGCUUGAGGGCAGAGAAAAGAAGUUCAGCAACAGCACGUCACUGGAGAAGAGUUUCAAUAAUGCAGUCCUUUUCAAGUUUGAGCAGGACGUGGAAGUCGGCACUGCAAAUGCCACAGUACAAGCCGGUAUCAACAUUGUCUGCGUCAAGUGUUACGUCAAGGGCAAGGCCACCGCACACCUCACCAUAGAUGGCACUUUCAACGCGACCAAGGUCGCCAAGGACAUCGGCAACGAAUUCGUCGAGACUUUCGACAAUCUUACUACCUACGCAAAGGAUUACGUCUCCGGGGUGGCGAAGAAGCUAUCUGAUGGCUUUGACGCCGAGGAUUUCGACUUCCCUCCCCUCAACAUCACCUUCGAUGUCGACGUCCCCGAAUUCCCUGAGUGCAGUCUGGGAUUCGGCUUCGACGACUUCGAGAUGUAUAUGGAGCUCGACACUACCUUGUCCGCUGGUCUCACGUACACUUUGAAUAUCUACAGCUCAAAGACUCCCCUGGGUUCGCAGAUUGGGGAUGAUCUUCUGCUUGGAGUCGUGUUCAAUGUUGAUCUGAUUCUGAGCGUCGAGACUGAGAUUCAGAUGAGCAGUGGUUUCCACAUCAAGAUGGAUGAUGGUGUCAUGUUUGACAUCGCUCUAUUUUCGAAGAAUGUCUCGAGUGUUGCUUUCAAGGGCGGGAAAUUUGAGUUUCUGCCCGUCAUCAUCGAAAGCGCGGGCGCAGUCAUGAAAGCCGUUCUCCGAGUCGGCAUCAACGCCGGCAUCGAAAUCUCUUCUCCCGUCGACAGCAAGGAGAUCGAGCUCUUCAACAAGACGGUCGAAAUUCCUGGAGCGUCCGCCGGUAUCGAGGUCGCCGUGUUUGCCAACAUUGCCGAGCUCAGCACCAACGUGACCGUCCUGCCGGAAGCCGACAAAGACGGUUGCAUUCUCCGAGCCGUCAAUGCCUACCAGUUUGCCUUGGGUGCUGCUGCAGGUGCGUCGGUCGAGAUUGGAAAUCGCAUCUGGGGCCCCACGCCAAACACCCAGAUCCCAAUCUUUUACACCACGCUCGCGGAUGGCUGUGCUAGUCGCAGAGUGCCGACUACGACGAUUGCUACUGUCUCGGCUACUACCACCAAGGCAAAGAGAGACGAGGGCUUAACAACUACAACAUUGAAAGAGAAGUUCACUUAUACCGGCGUCGAGUGCUUGACUACCGGCCUCGUCAACUGCCCUCCAGCGCUGCAGACGUUGAGGAAGUUCGUUGCUACCGAGACCUUUGUUACUGCUGUGGCAUCUGGUGUGACAGCCACAUUCCCUACGGUAACGAAUGCCGUUGUACAGGGCGUGGAGUCAUUCGGGUCAGGAGUACAAUCCAUGAUCUCGACAAGUGGUACUCCGCAGGUCUUUACUCCUCCUCCGCCCACAACCAGUUCGACCAGCAGCACAUCGAGUCCAACCAGUAUUCUUGAUGGCAAGGUCGGCGGUGUUGACAACAAGGUCGUCAUCGGCGUCAGCGUCGGUGCUGGUCUUCUUGGACUGGGUGUCCUUGUUGGAGCUCUCUUAUACUUCAGACAGAAGAAGAAAUACUCUCCUGUAGCGAAAUCCGCUGGAGAGAUCGCAUAUGCAAGGGACUCAUUUCCCUUGGGUGAAUACAAUCAGAUCAAGGAUAAGCCUCAGGUCAAUGUCUACGUCAGACCAUGA